UCCACUUGCAAUUACAACCGCCUUUUAAGUCUCAGCUCCCCGAAAUAAAACCCUAAAAUCUCUUCUCUUCUCUCCAUUUCUAUUUGCGGCUCUGAAGAAAAAACUCUCUCCUCUUGAAUUUCUAGGGUUUCUUCAUCAUGGUUCUUUCAAAUGAUAUCGAUCUACUGAAUCCACCAGCUGAGUUGGAGAAGAGGAGGCACAAGCUCAAACGUUUAGUUCAAUCCCCAAACUCCUUCUUCAUGGAUGUUAAGUGCCAAGGAUGCUUCAACAUAACUACUGUAUUCAGUCACUCACAAACAGUGGUUGUAUGUGGAAAUUGUCAAACUGUGUUGUGCCAACCAACUGGAGGUAAAGCUAGGCUUACAGUGGGAUGCUCAUUCAGGAAGAAGGGAGAUUGAUUAUGCUGCUGAAAUUUGCUCCAAAUGCUGUGUUGGUAGAAUGAAUUUUGUUAAAAGGAAUUUUACUUUUGUUUAGUUUUAGUUGAAUGGAAGACGAGGAUUUUGAGAUGAAUUUAGGGAUUUGGGUUUCACUAAAUGUUGUUUCCAGAACAACAUCCGUCUUUUGACAUAUAUGAUAGCACAUGUAAUCAUCUUUUGCAGUAGUUUAUAUAUAAAACUGGGUUCUCUAGUAUCUUAUUCA